UCAACUCCCAAUUUGAGCUUGUAGAUUGCAUCUGGCUGCCUUUUGGGCUGGCACAAGACUCCGGAGCUCAUCACCAAAUACCCAAAUUACGAUGCAAUGAGGCCGGCCUCGAGUCUCCAGUUCCUGCGCCCAUACCUCUGGAAGCCCGCGGCGCCGCCAACCCCGGCCUACCUGCGCUUCUUCCACCUGGCCCGGCAGCAGGAGCUGGAGCAGGCCAACGCCCUCAAGUACCCCCGCCUCCGCCACAAUGGCCCGCCCAUGCGCAUCCCUGACUUCCGCGUCAAGUACGCGGACAUUGAGCAGGGCGUCGUGGCCGAGGAGGAGGUGACACUCCACGGCCGCGUCGAGUCGGUCCGCCGCGCCGGCAACAAGCUCGUCUUCCUUGACCUGAAAGCCGAGUUCGAGCGCGUCCAGGGCAUCUGCAACUUCGGCAAACUCUCGGACGGCACCACCCUGCAAAGCCUAAAGCAGCUUGCCCGGCUGCUCAACCGGGGCGACAUCAUAUCCAUCAGGGGGCGGGCAACCCGGACACCGGCUGGCGAGCUCACCAUCCAGGCCACCCACCUGCCAGAGGUGCUGACUCCCAGCAUCGUGCCGUUGCCGACCAAGCUCGUCGACGAGGAAUCACGGACACAGUAUCCCCACCUCGACAUGCUCGUGAACCAACGGACCACAGACAUCCUGCGCCUACGGUCCUACAUCAUCCGGUACCUGCGCGAUUUCUUUCAGGAGCGGGGUUUUCUCGAGUUUCAAACGCCCAUCCUCGCCGCAGACGCCAGCGGCGCUAACGCGCGUCCCUUCACCGUCUCUGCGAAGACUGUGUCGAAGGACCUCUCCCUCCGAAUCGCCCCGGAGUUGUGGCUCAAACGCCUCGUAGUAGGCGGCGUGGACCGCGUCUUUGAGCUCGGCCCUGCCUUCCGCAACGAAGGCAUCGACCAAACCCACAACCCAGAAUUCACCAUCUGCGAGUUCUACCACGCCUACGCCAACCUAUCGGACCUCAUCUCCCUCACUGAAGACCUCGUCCGUGGCGCAGCCGCCCACUGCCAGUCCCUCAUCGCCACCAAACUCACUUCCCUCCCACCCAUCGACCUCGCGGAAUUCCAGAACCCCUUCCGGCAAGCUGAAUUCAUCCCCGCGCUUGAAUCCGCACUCGGCUUCACCCUCCCGGAUCUGGCCCUCCCCACCGCCCUGCAGGACCUCCUCACCCUCCUGACAACACACAACAUCCCCCUCGACAACAUCGACAACAACGAUUCGCCGACAUCCUCGCUGUCCCAGCUCCUCGACCGCCUCGCCGCAAGCUACAUUGAACCGCUCUCAGCGACCGCCCCGCUCUUUGUAACCCAUCACCCCCUCUGCAUGUCCCCACUCGCCAAGUCCUUCACCUGCCCCAAGACAGGCCAGCAGGUCUCGGCGCGGACGGAACUGUUUCUGGGCGGCCGCGAGCUGGCUAACAUGUACGAGGAGGAGAACGACCCUUACGAACAGCGGCGCAAGUUCCUGGAGCAGGCUGCUGCCAAGGUCAAGGAGGCGGCGGAUCCCGACGGUGUUGAAAGUGAGCCAGCCAUUGACGAAGGCUAUGUCCAUGCGCUCGCGUCGGGAUUGCCGCCUACGGGCGGGUGGGGGUGUGGUGUCGAGAGGCUGGUCAUGUUGUUUAGCGGGACGAGGAGGAUUGGGGAUUGUUUGAGCUUUGGGAAUCUGAGGAAUGUGGUCGGGUUGGCGGCUGCUGGGAAGAAAGACAUAGAGAUCUAG